AUGUCGGCCCAGGAGCUCGGGGGCCGCCUCUGCGGGGAGGGGGACCGGCACCUGGCCCUGGGGGAGCCCCUGCUGGCCACCGCCUUCUACCUGGCUGCGUUCAGCUGCCACGCCCCCUCAGCCCUGAGGAGCGCCCGGGCCGCCUUGGCCGGGGCCCGGGGGGCACCCGUGGUGGCCACCCUGGAGGCCUGGUGCCGAGGGGAGAGCCAGAUCCCGGCCGUCCACUGGGACGGCAUGGCAGUGGUGUCCCUGACAGGGACCCUGGCCUCCGCCUUCCUGGCCACCCUGUGCCCCGGCCACCCCGCCGCAGUCCUGCACUCCCUGGCCGGCCUGCUGGCCCGCGGGCGCCACGGGGAGGUGGUGCGGCGCUGCGGCGCCCUGCUGGACGCUCACUCCCAGCAAGCCCUAGAGCUGCGGCUGACCCGAGCCCUGGCCUGGAUCCUGUCCGGGGCGCAGGUGGACGCCGGCCUGGCCGACUACCUUCAGGCCUUCGCCUCGACGGCUGACCGCACUGUGGCCUUCACCCUCACCCACCAGCAGCCCUACCUCCCUGUGCUGGUCAGCAUCCUCCAGGGCCACAUCUCAAGGCGCCAGCAGGCUGGAGACAGCGCCAGCCAGCAGGAGGCCGACUGCCAGAGACUGCUGGCAGCCCUGGACCCCGGGGGCACCUGGGGCAACACCCUGUCACCUGAAGUUCUGCUCCGAGGUGGCAGGUAUGAAGACUGCCAGGCAGCGUGCAGCCGGGCCCUUGAGUCCGACCCAACCGGCAGCCGAUCCCAAGGGGAGCGUCUGGCCGCCCUGCUGGUCACCCGCGCCGCCGCAGCCUUCUUUCUGGACAGAGGGGCCCAGGACCUGCUUCGGGACCUGCACGAGGCCUUCCGCGAGAGCCCCUCGGCGGCGCGGAGGCAAUUCGAGGCCGUGCUCUCGGCGGGGGACCGGGAGCGCGUGCUGGCCCAGGUGCAGGAGGCCGCGGACGUGGGUUUCGCCCACUUCCAGGAGGCUGUGCGGAGCCGCCCCGAGCUCCGCCAGGACUCCGGCCGAGAGCUGCUGGCCCCGCGGAGGCCGGACCGGGGACCCGCGGGCGCGCGGGGCCGCCGCAGUCAGGCCGCGGAGACGGACGGCUCCGCUGCGCAGGAAGGGGACGCCCAGGGCGUGUACCAGCUGGCCACACUCCUGAUGGAGCUGGACGCCGAAGAUGAGGCCUCACGCCUCCUGGCCGCCGAUGCCCUGUACCGCCUGGGCCGCCUGGACGAGGCCCACAAGGCGCUGCUGGUGGCCCUCUCCCGGAGGCCCCAGGCGGCCCCCGUGCUGGUGCGGCUGGCCCUGCUGCAGCUCCGGAGGGGCUUCUUCUACGACGCCAACCAGCUGGCGAAGAAAGUCGUCCAGUCUGGGGACACCGCCUGCCUGCAGCCCACCCUGGAUGUCUUCCGCCGGGAGGACCGGGAGCUGCUGCGGGGCCACUGCCACGCGAGGGCCGUGGCCAUCCUGCGGGCGCAGCCGGGCGGGGCCGAGGGCGAGGCCCACACCAGGGAGGCCAUCGCCUACCUCUCCCUGGCCAUCUUUGCUGCAGGGCGUCAGGCCAGCGAGUCCCUGCUCACCCGUGCCCGAUGCUACGCGGUCCUGGGCCAGAGGAAGACCGCCCUGUUCGACUUCAACUCGGCGCUGCGGGCCGAGCCGGGGAACGUGCAGGCCCUGUGCGGGCGGGCGCUCCUGCACCUGGCCCUGGACCAGCAGAAGGAGGCUGUGGACGACAUCCUCUCUGCUCUGAAGCUGGAUCCACGGACGGCGGUCCCUGAGAUCCGCUCUCUGAAGCCGGAGGCCCAGGCCCUCAUCACGCAGGUCCUGUCAUCCGGCUGCCGGGCCCUCCUGAGCCAGCUGCUGGACACUGGGGCCCCCCUCAGUGACAGGGACGUCCAGGGCCUCCUCGCUGCAGGGGAGGCACUGAUCAAACUCGAUGCUGGGCAGCUGAGCGGGCACAUCCUCCUGGUAGACGUGCUCACCGCCAUGGGCAACUAUGAAGAGGCUGGCGCCCACCUACAAGAGGCCCUGCGCCCCACUCCGCCAUCAGAGGUGGCCCAGGCCCGGCGGGGCCUGCUUGGGCUCAAGAAGGGAGACGUGCCGGCUGCUGCUCGGGACCUGCAGUGCCUGGUGGAGACAGACAGCGGGGACCUCGGCUUCCUGCUGCGCCUCCUGGAGGCCUCGGAGCGGCAGAGCCUGGCCCAGGCCGCAGCCCAGGAAGCCAGCGCCCUCCUGACCUCCGGGCAGCCUCGGCAGGCGCUGGGCUACUGCUCACUGGCUGUCCUGGCUGGUGGUCGCAGCGCCUGUCACCUGCGCCUGCGGGCCACCUGCCUGGCCCAGCUGCAGGAGUUUAGCCGGGCACUCAGAGACCUGGACCUUCUGCUGCGGGAGGGUGCAGGGGACGGCGACCUCCCAAUGAGGGCAGAGGACUUGUGCUCCAGGGGCCGCCUACUCCUGAGCCUGGGAAACAAGGCCGGGGCCGCAGGGGCCUUUGCCCAGGCCCUCAAGCUGGCACCCGCCCCAGCCCAGAGCAGCCUGUGGCAGCGGCCGGGCCGCACCCCCACCGCCCAGGUGCUGCUGAGCCACGGGCAGCGCUGCCUGGAGGACCGGCUGUACUCCGAGGCCUGGACGGCGGCUGAGAGCGGGCUCCUAGUGGACCCGGAGCACUGCGGCCUGAGGAAGCUGAAGGCGAGAGUCCGGAGGGAAGCAGCCUCUGGCUGCCGGCUCCACUAACCCCAUGCUUGCCAGGUCCAGUCACAGGGCCACCCGGUCAUUUUUCCCCCAAACCAGGGAGGUGCCCCCCCC